CCGUGAACUACAGUACAUACACACUAGCUGACAGCUGCUCGGCCUUGUCACGUGAUAACGCUGCGGUCACAUGACAGGCUAAGAUGGCGGCGCCCAUGGCAGCAAGGGGAAUGUGAAGUUGGCUGAACUGAUGAGUGACAAGCAGACAGGAUACGGGAUUUUUUUAAUAUCACUGAGUUUUCGGGAGGCAUAAAGAAUCUGUAUUUUCCAGGACUUCAAGAUCUCAGACAGAGAUUUCACGAUACACCCAAUCAUGCAGAAUGAAGAGAAUAUUUUAAAAACAACUAUUUCAAAGUUCCUGGCCGAGAGGUUUGAAAGUCUUCCUGAAAAUGACAGAAAAUUGUUUGCAUAUGGACCUUUGUACCUCGGAAUAAAUGGAGCUUUUGCUGGCCUUAUUGGAAACAGUUUGUUUAGACGUAUUCUGAACAUUUCACAAGCCCGUCUCGCAUCAAGUCUGCCAAUGGCUGUUCUUCCUUUCCUGACUACAGUAGCUGCUUACAAUGCUGUUGUAACUGAACCUUUGCUAUCAGGUGAUCUAAACUGUGCCACAUGUGCAGUGGUGAGAGGUGGGCUGGUCGGAUCCAUUGUUGGAGGUCUCUAUCCAAUUCUCCUUGCCUUACCUGUCAAUGGAGGGCUUGCAUUCAGGUAUGAAACAGCACCUUUACCCCAGAAAGGCAAUAUUCUUCGCUUCUGGACCACAGUCUCAAAGCCAGUGUUAAGAAAGAUGAGCUUUGUCUUCCUCCUUCAGGCUGCAUUUGGUGGUUAUUUGAGUUCUAGACUAUUUUCAUUAUAUGAAAAAAUGCUUCAGCCGCCUGCACCUGGGGCGAAUUAAUAAAUGGAAUUAUUUUUGCGUAAAAA